AUGGAUUUAGCGCACGAAAAUUUCACGAACUUUGUAAUGAUAAAGGUGCAACUAUCGUAGUUAUGAAGGUCGCUAACACCGGUGAAUUAAUUGGUGGUUACAAUCCAGAGAAUUGGAAAGGUGGAUUUCUUGGUAAUUGGACUAAGUCGUUGGAUAGUUUUACUUUUUCUUUGGGCGUUGAAAGCGAAAACCUAAAAAAUUCAAAACUAAGUAGAGUUAAACAAAGUCAUUCUAGAAUGGCCAUAUUUAGUGCCGAUGUUCGUGGUCCAUGUUUUGGUAAUAGAGAUUUGUGGAUGCCAAAUUACAAUAACUUAUCGAAAAAAUGUUCAAGUAGAAACUCGUAUUAUGAAAAAAAUAUAAUUGAUUCUCAAGAAUUUGGUAGAGAAGAUUACGAAGUCUUUCAG